UCGUAGCCAGCGAGGAGGUGCUCAGCCAGCCCGGGCCCAGAACCCAAUAGCACCCAGAACCCAGAAAAAAACAGUACCCCUAACUCAGAGCCCGGCCAGAGUUGGUCUCGAAAAAAUAGCACUCGCUAAAGAUUGCGCGCGGAAUUCAACCGAUUUGCUCCACGGAUGAUAAAAUCAAGAUUGCAGCAUCCACAAAAAUUUCCUCGCAUUUUCGCGCCACUUUUUUUAGCCCCCCAACAUUGAUAAAGGCCAAAACACUGGACACCCCCAAAACACCACACACUGCAGUGCAUGUGAUAAUUUUCUAAAAGAAAAAAGUGGAGUAAAGAAACACAAAACACACAAGUGAUAAAGACGAAACUUAGAUAAAACGCUGGCAGGAACAAUCCCCGAAAUAAAAAUAAUAGCGAAUGCAAUUUGAUGGUCUGCAAAACUAUAUCAGCGGGUGUUACAAUGCAGCUUAAGAUGGAAGCGCAGACAACGCAGCAGCAGCAGCAGCAGCAACAACAAUUGCAACAGCAGCAGCAACACCAACAGCAACAGAGCCUGACCAAGCAGCAGCUCCAGUUGCUGGACAAGAUCAAGCUAGAGGCCAGCAACGGAACGGAGCAGCUCUCCCAGCAGGCAGCCAGCGCCCUGGAGGAUCAGCAGGAGCAGCAGCAGCAGCAGCAGCAGCAGCAAACUCCCACAUCGGUGGGUGUGGGCGUUGUGGUCCAGACCAGCCAGGCGGGCGUUAGUGAGCCGGAGGAGCAGUACGUGGUGGUGCCGCGGAUCCAGAGACGCAUCCUUACCACAGCGGGCACACUUGAACUGAACGAGGCGCGGGAGGGAGAACCGAGUACCAACGCUAGCAACGCCAGCUCGGGAUCUGCGCCCGACAGCCACAUCGAGUUCCAGCGCAGUUCACACCACUCGCCCGGGGCCACCCACUACGUCCAGAUGGCGCCCCGAAAUGCCGAGGUGCCAGAGCAGGUCACAACGGCCUCUGGAGCACCUGCGGGCACACUUUACGCUUAUUCCACCGGUUCGAUCAUCUGCAGUGGAGACGAUGUGACGGCCAUUAAAAUCGAGACGAUUGAAAAGGGUGAAGUGACGGGCGAGUCGCAACACCAACAACAGCAGCAGCAACUCCAACAGCAGCAGCAGCAACAGCAGCAACACCAGCAACAACAGCAGCAGCAGCAGCAGUGUCCCACGCCCAACGGUGGCAACUAUGGCGACACCUUGGUGAUCAACAGCGAAGCGGAGGCACUGCAGCAUCAUCACCACCAGCAACAUCAGCCGCACCAGUCACACCAGCACCAAGCGGCCGCCGUUCACAUAGCCAGCAGUUCGCAUGGCGGCGCUGUGCGCUUUGUCACGGAGGAUGGACGCUUUGGCACCGCCGGACCAGAGACCUCCACCUCGAGUUUAUACUACGAAGCACCUGUGGUGGAGGGCAGUGUCCAUGCCAACGAGUCCAAGACAUACGCGGACCUGGGUAAUGCCUACGCCCCCUUCCCGCCCAGCUCUAGCUUUAGCAGCAAUAGCUAUGCGGCCGCCCUGCAGCAGACCAAUACCAUUUACACCGUGCCAGGAACUGGACAGUUCCUGACCAAAUCCGAGGGCGGACUUAACCCACUGCGCCAGGCCGGACCGACCACCUUCCAGACGAUCUCCUUUCCCGACGGCGGCAAUCCCAUCGAGAUGUGGACGUCACCAGCACCGCCGGAAUAUCAGAACGUGUCCUUCGGUAACUUCCACCCACAGGUGAUCGACGAGUAUGCGUCCGGCAAUAUGCCCACCACCCACUGGUCACCCGCUGGCGGGAUCGGUCAGUACGAUGCCAGUUUGGUGACCGCCUCGGCAACAUCGUCGCCGAACCACGAGCUCAAGUGCGAGAACUGCCACUCGCCGUAUGUACGCAAGGGCACCUCCGAGUACUUCUGCCCCACCUGUCCGCCCUUUAUGAGGAUGCCGCCGAGGAUGCCGCAACGGCAGGCAAAGCCCAAGGCCGCUGCCGCCCCCAACAACCGACGCAAUGGGGUAACCUGCGCCAAUUGUCAGACCAAUUCGACGACGCUCUGGCGUCGCAACAACGAGGGCAACCCCGUGUGCAAUGCCUGCGGGCUGUACUUCAAGCUGCACAACAUGAACCGGCCGCUCUCGAUGAAGAAGGAGGGAAUCCAGAAGCGGAAGCGAAAGCCAAAGAACAACGGAGGAGCGCCUAUGCACCGGGCCCCGUUGCCAAGCAUGGCGCAGGGUGUGAGUCUGAUGACCAACAGUACGCUCUAUCCGUCACAGGUGCCGGUGAGCAUGUUAGGUGGUGGCCAGCAGAAUGCCAGUCCGGAGCUGCAUGACAUGUCGACAACGGGACCAGCGGGUGGACCCCGAGUGGUGACCAUUCCGCUGAACUCUGCGGCACCGCCCACCUCGGAGGGAUCCCUAAACAUGUCCGCUCGCCACCAUGUGACCGGUGAAAGCCAUUCGCCGUACAGCCAGCAGUCGACGCCACAGAGCCAGUCGCCCCAUCUACCCAGCACGGUGACCAUUAAUCGCCAGAUAGUCCAGCCAGUAACCAGCAUCGAGAGCGGACGCAGUUCCAACAGCGAGCUGACCCCCAGCGUAAUCACGCGCACUGGACUGCCGGAGCGAUCUUCGAAUAACUAAGCUAAUCUACUUAAUUAAUUUAACGUAAACCUAACCAAAACUUCAAGAUUGCCAAAAUAUUUAUUUAAGCCCUAGCCCUAGAACGUAGCGAUAUAAAGACCAAUGUCCCAGUUAAAAGGAGGAGGUGAUGUGGCCAUGGGGAAGACUUGAAAAGAUUCCUGGUUUCCUGAGCCCCAGCCUCCUGCUUAGUUAGUCAGCAAGUUAGAUGGAAAUGAUUUGUGCCAACCACUUAGGAUCACAUCGGAUCGGAUGGGAUCGAGUACUGUUGGAUGUAGCUUAGCGAGCCCAUAAAGAAGCCUACGACUUUGUAUG